GGUGGAUAUUAAAAGCUUUGCUGAUUUGCAGUGCGCGCACACGCUUCUCACAGUCCACCAUCUUACUACUAUUUAUAUCGUUGAGUUGGCUGGGGAACUUGCUUUCUUCCGCAAAUCCAUUUGAGGCAGUCUCGGUUAACUCCAUGAAGGCUCUUAUUACCUUUAUUUUCAGUUUGACGUCCCUUUUCUUCUCGUUCUCAUUGUUUACAGAAACUGGAGGAGCUGCUGCAGAGAAGGAUGGUGUUUAUAUUGUGUACAUGGGAGCAGCAGCUUCGAGUAAGGGUUCGUUAAGGGAUGAUCAUGCUCAACUUCUAAGUUCAUUGUUAACACGGAAAAAGAAUGCCCUUGUACACAACUACAAAUAUGGUUUCUCUGGGUUUGCAGCAAUUCUAUCCGAAGAAGAGGCUCAUUCGAUUGCCAAGAGACCAGGAGUUGUAUCAGUCUUCCCUGAUCCGGUGUUAGAACUCCAUACAACUCGCUCAUGGGAUUUCUUGAAGUAUCAAACUUCGGUGGAGGUCGAAUCCAAUCCCAACUCAGAUUCAAACUCAACAUCUCAAGAUUCGGAUGGGGCCAUCAUUGGCAUCUUAGAUACAGGAAUUUGGCCAGAAUCAGAGAGUUUUAAUGACAAGGCCAUGGGUCCAGUUCCAUCACGAUGGAAUGGUACUUGCGCACGAGAACAGGAUUUCAACGCUUCCAACUGCAAUAAAAAGAUAAUUGGGGCAAGGUCCUAUGAUGUGGACCAAAGAUCGAUAAUAAAGUACCAUUCGCCGAGGGAUAUGAUUGGGCACGGCACUCAUGUAGCGUCAACCGCAGGGGGAAGUGAGGUUCAGGGUGUAUCUUACUACGGCUUGGCGGCAGGGACAGCCAAGGGUGGAUCCCCAGGGUCAAGAAUAGCUAUGUAUGCAGUAUGUUCCCCUCACAAUGGAUGCAGUGGGUCCAGUAUAUUAGCAGCAUUUGACGAUGCGAUUUCUGAUGGGGUUGAUGUGCUAUCACUGUCCCUUGGAGCACCAUCAUUUCUAAAACCAGAACUUGCUAAUGAUCCCAUUGCCCUUGGAGCAUUCCAUGCUGUGCAGCAUGGAAUUAUUGUGGUUUGCUCCGCAGGAAACGCUGGCCCAACCCCUGGAUCAGUUGUGAAUGCUGCACCUUGGAUAGUGACCGUUGCUGCUAGCACAAUCGACCGAGAUUUUGAGUCUGAUGUUGUACUGGGGGGCAAUAAAGUAAUUAAGGUAAUGAUUUUCUUUGGCCCCCUUUCCUGUCUUCUUGUUGGCCGGUUUCGUCAUUUUUAUUCUUUAACUGAUAUACAGGGUGAAGGUAUUAAUUUCGCUGACAUACAAAAGACUCCAACAUACCCGAUUAUAUAUGCAAAAUCAGCCAAGAAAAGUGGAGCAGACGAAAAUGACGCGAGGAACUGCAACCCAGAUUCCAUGGACCAAGGAAUUAUCAAGGGAAAGAUUGUUGUUUGUGACAAUGAAGAUUCGUUAUAUGCACCGAGUGAGAAAAAAGAUGAAGUGAAGAAGCUUGGAGGCAUCGGGGUAGUCCUGAUCGAUGAUGAAUCAAGAACGGUGGCUUCCACUUUUGGUAUAUUUCCCAUGACGGUUAUCAGUUCAAAGGAUGCCGCCAAGGUUCUCUCCUACAUCAACUCAACAAAAAAUCCGGUCGCCACAAUCUUGCCUACGACAUCACCAACAAAGUAUAAACCAGCACCUAACAUAGCAUAUUUCUCAUCUAGAGGCCCUUCAACCAUCCCAAAGAAUAUUCUCAAGCCAGACAUUGCAGCACCAGGAGUAAACAUUCUUGCAGCAUGGAUAGGGAAUGACACAGUUGAGGCUCCAGAAGGCAAAGAACCACCACUAUAUAAUGUGAUCUCAGGAACUUCCAUGGCAUGUCCACAUGUUUCUGGAAUUGCCGCCACAGUCAAAUCAAGAAAUCCUAAAUGGAGUCCCUCGGCAAUCAGGUCAGCCAUUAUGACAACAGCAAUUCAAAUAAAUAAUUUGAAAGCCUCAAUCACAAAUGAGAAAGGUACAGCAGCUACACCAUAUGAUUUGGGUGCAGGAGAAGUAAGCACAACAGGACCAUUGCAACCUGGUCUAGUUUAUGAGACUACUACCAUUGACUACUUGAAUUUCCUCUGCUACAACGGUUAUGAUAUAUCUACAAUAAAAAAUAUCACGAACAAUAUCCCAGAUGGUUUUACUUGUCCUAAGGAGUCAAGUAUUGAUCUUAUAUCCAACAUCAAUUAUCCAUCAAUAGCAAUUUCCAAUUUCAACGAAAAAGCAGGCAGGAAAGUGAACAGAACCCUUACAAAUGUUGCCGGAGAUGAUAAAACAGAAGAUGCUAAAACAGUCUAUACUGUAAGCAUUGAUGCACCUGCAGGCCUAGAUGUUCGAGUGGUUCCAGACAAACUGCAAUUCACUAAAAAUGGUGACAAGUCAUCUUAUCAAGUGAGUUUCUCAGCCGUAAAUCCGCUAAAAAAUGACGUAUUUGGAUCCAUAACAUGGUCUAACGGAAAAUACAAAGUCAGAAGUCCAUUUGCUGUAAGCAGUAAAAACGAUGACUAGGUGCUAAAUCCUUAAUAAGCAUUAAAGCAAUGUGUAGAACAC